AUGCGUAGUAGGGAGAAAAAUAAAAGAAAUGAAGAUUCAGAAAAUAUUUUGACCAAUAAGGAAGCGCCGGAAGAUCAGCAACAGCUUCAGCAGCAACCUAUCGUUCAUCCGCCGCCAUUAGAACCAUUUCAGGAUACGGUUUUAUUAAAAAAACCACUUGGUUUACGGAUUUGCAAAAAUACUCUAAAGGUAACAUAUAUCGAGGAAUCCGGAGCAUCAGCGGGAUACGUAUCUGUUGGUGAUGUUAUCAUAGCUGCUGAUGGGCAAAAAAUCAGUACUAUCAAGGAGCUCAACAGUAUACUUAAAAAACCUUCACCGAUGAUAGCUGUCGGAUUUAAACGUACAUAUUAUUCAAAAUGCAAACACAAAAAAACAUUUGUGGAGAAGAUAGGCGUUGAACGCGGUCGAGAAAUGAAAUGCACCGGUCGAGCAAUUAAUCUAUAUCUGGUCCAAAUGGUACUACAAAUUAAUGAUAUGGUUGAUGUGAGCGACGUUCUCGGAUUAUCAGUGAAAUAUAAUGCAACAGAAAGAAUUGAAGUAAAUGCUACAGCUGUUAACAGUCUAUCAUCCUUACAUUUGCGUCCAGGCGACAUAAUACGUGAAGUAAAUGAGUAUCCUAUUGCAAGUAAAACUAUGCUUAAUUAUUUCAUACAAGAAGCAGUCAUCGAAAAAGGUCAGGUAAAUUUUACAAUCGAAAGCUCAGCCGGAGACAUUGAUAGUUAUCGUGAUCAAAUUGAAUUAGGAAGUGAUGUUUUAGAGAUCGCUCAAAAACAGAUCGUUCAAUUCCGAAUGGCUUUGGCAUCAAAAACACUAAAUCGUCCAUCAAUAUUGAAAAAACAGCGAACAAGUAAAAGUAAUAAUAAAAUCAUUAUUUCCACCAAUUUUGUCGAAUUGCCAAUUGGAGCUGAUUUUGAUCCAUCAACAUUAAAACCAUGUAAGGGAGCUAAUGUAGAAAAGCGAAAAGCGUGA